AUGAGCAACCUAAUUGCACAGUUUGAGGCCGACGUGUCCGAAAUAAAGCAGCGUUGGCAGUCACCCCGCCAGAAACACCUCCAGAGACCGUAUCCGGCGGAAAAAGUAGCCGCCAUGCGCAACUCCGUGCACAUCGACCACGUCUCGUCUGCACAGGGCAAUAAGCUGUGGGAGCUGCUAAAUAAGCAUCGCAAGGAACGUACGCCACUCCUCACGUUUGGCUGCGUCGACCCGGCCACCGCGUCGCAGAUGUCCCGUGCCGGAAUCGAGGCCGUCUACGUUUCCGGUGGCGUGUCUGCUCUGCAGGUGGCAGACGAAAUUGGCCGCGACCACGCUGACUAUCCAAGCGACACGGUGCCAAAAGUAGUGGCACGGCUGUUCAAGACCCAGUUAUUCCACGAUCGCAGGCAAAAAUCCUACUAUCUCGGCCGUCUGGCGGCGGAACAGGCAGAGUUGCCAGUCUACGACUACCUGCUGCCGAUGGUGGCAGACGGGGACAUGGGCUUUGGCAGCGUGACGGCCAUCAUGAAACAAACCAAGAUGUUUGCAGAGGCCGGUACGGCGAUGGUGCACUACGACGACCUGGCCAUCGGGCUCAAGAAAUUCACCGAGAAAGUAGGCCGCACAGUCGUCCCGCUGAGCGAGUACCUGCGCCGGCUAACUGCGGCACGGUUCCAGCUGGACGUGCUGGGAUCCGAGAUGCUGCUCAUGUCGCGCGUAGACUGUUAUCACGCCGACUUCAUUACUUCUGUCGUGGACUCCCGGGACCACAAGUACGUGCGGGGGGCCACAGUGGCCGGGAUCGAGUCUUUCAUCGGGACCAUGAACCGUGCGCUCGAAAGGGGUGAGAACGCAGCAGCAGCGCGUGCCCGGUGGCUCGAGCAGGCGAAAGUUAUGACGUUCCCGGAGGCCGUCGAGCAGGCAGCCACGGCAGAGGAGUACACAGAGUUCUGCCGGCUUUUUGAAGCCCGUCCCGCUCCGAGCCUGGACGAGAUGCGCGCGUUUGCCAAGAAAACGGUGGCCACCAAAAUUUAUUUCGACUGGGACGUGGCCCGCACCAGCGCCGGGCAAUACCUGUACAAGGCGUGUCCGCAGGCAGUUAUAGAGCGCGCCGUCGCCGCCAUGCCGCUUACAGACACUACGUGGGCUCGCAUGGACACGCCUGUCUGGCGCGAUAUCGUUGAGAUCCACACGGCUCUGCGUGCGGUCGACAGCGAACGGUGUUUCGGGUUCGGCUUCACGGGCAGUUUCGACUACGAAGCGGCCGGCUAUACGUGGCAGGAAGUGUGCGAGCUGCCAGCGCGGCUUGCCGAGAUGGGCAUCGUGUUCCAGACACAGCCGAUUUUCGCACUUCAGGGCGUCAACAUGUACGUGUAUGAGUUUGCGCGGAUGUUCAAGAAGGAGGGCAUUGCCGGUUAUGUCCGCGACGUGCAGCGGCCAUCGCUGGCGGGCGGCCACGACCACAGCGGGACCGCGUGGGGCGGAAAUUAUUUUGCCGAUGAGUGUCUGAACGUGGCCAACAGUAUGGAUAUAACUAUGAAUAGUUAG